AUGGGAGACAUGAUGGAAAAGUACACGGCCGGCUAUUACCGUAGCGCCCGUCAUCGCGUCCUCACCAACAGGGACAAGCACCGGCACAGCAUUGCUUUCUUUCUCAACGGGAAUAUGAAGCUGAGUGCCAAGGCGCUGGAUGGUUCUGGCGCUGAGACGGUGGUGGGUGACCAUAUCCGGCAGCGCCUCAUAGAGACCAUGGGCGAUACGGGCAAGCUGUUGAAGCGGGAGGAGACCUCCGCAUAG